AUGCAGAACGAUCUGCGUUAUCGGUUCGAUUUUCUCUCUAAGUUUAUCAAUUUCGAUCAAAAUGAUGUUAAUAUGUUAAACACAUUGGCGCCAAUCAUCUUUCCACUGUUACCUGCGUUGGUCGAAAGACUUUACAAGAAAUUAUAUUCGUUCGAUGUGACAAAACGCUUUUUCCAUUUGCGUAACGAUGGCUUCGAAAGCUUUCCAGUCAAUCGAGAAGUUGGGAUAACAUUGGAUUUCGUGCAAACAGAAUAUCGGAAAGAUAUGUUCAGUGUCUACUUAAAGCGAAUUCUGACACAAGGUCAAUGGGACGAUUCGUUCAUCGAAUAUCUGUCACGUGUAGGACAAAUGCAUACACCCAAAGGCGGCUCGGCUGCGAUUAACGUCGAUUAUAUGUAUAUGAAUGCACUGUUUUGCUAUUUGGAGCAAUUACUAAUGGAAGUUAUUUGGAAUGCUGAAAGUUUAGAUCAAAGAAAGAAACAAGAAGCAAUGGAAGCAAUUAGUAAAUUCAUUUGCAUACAAAAUGAUUUCUUGACAAUGCAUUAUGGUGCAACAUGGAAUAAAGAAACGUCUUGCGCGAACAUACCGAUACCAAUUAGUCAUUCUAAGAACUUGCUAUCUGGUAAUACUUUCUGUUAUGUGUCCAUUCAUUAUUCACGAGUAAUGUGCUAUCGACGAGGUUUACCAACAUCAUACACAAUAAUCUCGAACCAUGGAUGCCCAUAUCGAUCGAGCUCGGCUUACGCAUGA